AGACAGCGCUCUUGCACAUGCCCGAAUUAGAGGGCAGAAGAAAAGCGCCCCUUCCUUGUAGCUAAAGACCGAAAAAUCCAGAUCUUCCUUGUAGCUAAAGACCGAAAAUCCAGAUCGAGAGAGACAGAGAAGCGAAAAUGUCGAGCGACAGUAGCGAUGAAAUGGACGAAGACGAGCUUCUACAGAUGGCCUUGAAAGAGCAGGCAGAGAGAGAUCUCAACUAUCACAGACCUCCUUCAAAGCCUUCAAAGCCCGUCGUCAACCUCCUCCAACCUCCUCCUACUAAGCACCACCCGAAAAACUCUAACCCUACCACCACCACCACCACCACCACCCGUCACGACGACUCUGAGGUCGAGUUGCUCAGCAUCUCCUCCGGGGAUGAGGAUUCUUACGCUGGCAGGGACUACGCAGCCGCGCAGACUCGAGCCGGUGUUGCUGCUCCCCGGAAAGGCGGGAGGGAUGAUGCUGGCAGCGGCGGCAAUCGGAGGUGGGAUGGCGAAGAGCCCAAUUGCUGGAAGCGAGUCGAUGAGUCCGAGCUUGGUCGUCGAGUACGUGAAAUGCGGGAGACGAGAGCAGCGCCUGUUGCCCAAACCAUGGAGAGGAAAGGGUCAACAUUGGGCCGAAAGGGGUUUACCAACUUAAAUUCAUUAUCUCGUGGGCUGGAAUUUGUUGAUCCAUUAGGACUGGGGAUAAUAGAUAACAAGUCAUUAACAUUGAUCAAUGAUGCUUCAGAAAGUUCUCCGGUUUCCAGGGACAAGCCUGAUAAAGAUAUUCUGGAUCCAAGCACUCGUGAAAAAUUGAUGUAUUUUUCUGAACAAUUUGAUGCGAAGCUAUUCCUGUCACGGAUACACCAAGACACAAGUGCAGCAGAUUUGGAGUCUGGUGCACUUGUUUUAAAAACAGACCUCAAGGGAAGGACUGAGCAGAAGAAGCAAUUGGUUAAAGAAAAUUUUGACUGUUUCGUCUCUUGCAAAAACACAAUCGAUGACAUAGAAUCAAAACUUAAGUGGAUAGAGGAAGAUCCUGAGGGUGCAGGAACUGCUAACUUAUACCACGCUAUACAUAAUGUCAGUUUGCUGGCAAAUCGUGCUUUUGAGCCUCUAUUUGAGAGACAGGUGCAAGCUGAAAAGAUCAGGUCUGUCCAAGGGAUGCUACAGAGGUUCCGAACACUAUUUAAUUUGCCCAGUGCAAUUCGUGGGAGCAUCAGUAAGGGCGAAUAUGAUAUGGCUGUUAGGGAAUACAGGAAAGCAAAGUCGAUUGUCCUGCCUUCUCAUGUGGGAAUACUAAAACGAGUCCUUGAGGAGGCGGAAAAAGUGAUGCAGGAAUUCAAAGGAAUGCUUUACAAGUCAUUGGAAGAUCCACAAUUAGACCUCGCUGAACUUGAGAACACUGUCAGGCUGUUAUCAGAGUUGGAACCUGAGUCAGACCCUGUGUGGCACUAUCUAAAUAUACAGAACCGCAGGAUUCGAAGAUUGCUUGAAAAAUGUACUUUUGAUCAUGAAGCACAGAUGGAGGCUUUGCACAAUGAGAUCCAGGAACGGGUGCUGUCUGAUACAAGAUGGAGGCAAAUCCAACAGGAUUCGAACAAGGCUUCUGAUGUGGACUACUCUCUUCUUCUCGGGGACAGUAACUUGCCAGUAGAUUCAGUGCCGGUGGAUGUGACAGAUGAAGUGGAUGCUCUCAGAGGAAGGUAUAUCCGCCGGUUAACUGCUGUUCUUAUCAACCAUUUACCAGCAUUUUGGAGAUUGGCACUUUCUGUGUUCAGUGGGAAGUUUGCUAAGUCUUCCCAUGCUUCUGGCAAUGUGCUUCUUGAUCAAGAAUUAAAUGUUAAACCUGCCAACAAGAAGAUCGAGGAUAAAGUCAGUGAUGUGAAAUAUUCAAGUCAUUCUAUUGAUGAAGUUGCUGAAAUGGUACUUGGUACUGUUUCUGCCUAUGAGACCAAGGUCCACAGCACGUUUCAAGAUUUUGAACAAGCAAAUAUUCUUUGCCCAUACAUGAGUGAUGCCAUAAAGGAGAUUUCUAAAUCGUAUCAGGCUAUUGAAGGGAAAGAGUCUGCUCCUCCUAGUGCUGUUAGAAUCCUGCGCACACUUCAUAUGGAAAUCACGAAGAUCUACAUAAUAAGGCUCUGCUCAUGGAUGCGGGCAACAACGGAGGAAAUAUCUAAAGAGGAAUUGUGGAUGCCUAUAUCAGUUCUUGAGAGGAAUCAAUCUCCAUACACAAUAUCAUUCAUGCCUUUUGCCUUCCAUUCAAUGACAGUCUCAGCAAUGGAUCAGAUCAAUUUGAUGAUUCAGAAUGUACGGGUUGAGGCAACAAAGUCGGAUGACAUGUUUGUGCAAGUCCAAGAAAUCCAAGAAUCUGUUAGACUUGCACUUUUAAACUGCUUCAUGGAUUUUGCAGGUUAUCUGGAGCAGAUAGGGAGUGGACUCUCUCAAAGUAAUUCAAACAAAGAAACCUCGAACUUACAAAAUGGUUACUUACAAGGACCUGAAGCAAAAAACCUCCGUACUGCUAGUGUUGCUGUGGAUUCACAUCAAAAGCUGCUGAUGGUAUUGAGUAACAUUGGAUACUGCAAAGAUCAACUGACUUAUGAGUUGUACAAUAAAUACAAACAUAUAUGGCUGCACUCUCGGGAAAAAGGUGAAGGGGACUCGGAUAUACAAGAUUUAGUCUCAUCAUUUGCAGCCCUUGAAGAGAAGAUCCUCGAGCAGUAUACUUAUGCAAAGGCAAACCUGAUUAGAACUGCUGCUAUAAACUAUCUUUUGGAUGCUGGAGUCCAAUGGAGUGGGGCACCUGCUGUCAAAGGAAUUCGAGAUGCAGCUGUGGAAUUACUGCACACACUUGUGGCUGUACAUGCAGAGGUCUUUGCUGGAGCUAAGCCCCUGCUUGAAAAGACACUGGGUAUUCUAGUGGAGGGCUUGAUUGAUACUUUUCUCAGUCUCUUCCAUGAAAACAGUGCUAAAGACCUGAAGGCAUUGGAUGCAAAUGGUUUCUGCCAACUCAUGCUUGAGCUUGAAUAUUUUGAGACCAUACUGAAUGCAUACUUCACGCCCGAUUCACGUGAAGCUUUGAAGUCUUUACAAGGACUGUUGCUGGAGAAGGCAUCUGAAAGCGUGAUUGAGACCUCCGAGAAUCCAGGCCACCAUCGCCGUCCAACUCGUGGGAGCGAAGAGGCACUUGUAGAUGAUAGACAGCAAGGGAUGACCAUGUCACCAGAUGAUUUAAUUGUGCUUGCACAGCAGUAUAGUGCCGAACUACUACAAGCGGAACUUGACCGGACUCGGAUAAACAUUGCAUGUUUCAUGGAACCAUUAGAUUCAGUUCCAGAAAUUGUGAAAGAUCCCUUCCCGUCCUUCCGAGGAUCCUUGGAUUCCCCUAUCCGAAAUCAUAGAGUACAGCCCACCGGGUCUCCAUCCUUCUCUCGGCAAAGGCGCAGAUGACUUUACAUCUUCCUUUUUGUUGUUGUAAUGAGUUGUAAUCUAUAAGUCGGUUGAAAUUUUUAUUAAUUCUUUUGUUGUAAGUGUUUGAGGUUGGUGUGAGGUCAAUGCUUAUAAGAUGACAUCUGUCGAGGGAUCUGUCUUCCAUUGUAGAAUUUCUGGUUAUUUAAUUUGUUGUGUCUAUCUUAUUAAUUAUUACUACAGAGCCCAUCUGUAUGAGGCUGUAUUUGGAGUAGAAACUUGUGGAAUAGAAAUCUUGGGAGUCGUAAGCUUA